AUGGCAUCGUCUUCGCAACUAGUUUCCAACCCAGUCAAGCGACGAAAUCGCAGACGCCGUCAAGACAAGCCCGCCAUUGCUGCUAAACUUGUCCUUGACGACCACAUCAAGAGCGAUGUCGGCAUAGUGUCCGAAGACAUAUUCCGCGACCUUUUCCCUCACCUGGCUAACGCUCAACUCUACCAAGGCGCCACCGAGGAUGUCCACCACAUUGCGAUCGCUCCAUGGCAACCGAACGCGAACCCUAUCGACAGCCCGUGGUCGAUUGUACCGAUUAUAGAGUCUUCCGCGCUUGCUCCCUCGACCGUCCGGUUCUCGCCGUCUUCUGCUUCUCUACAGAGCUUCGCCGUCACCCUGCAGCAAGUUGCACCAUCCAAGCUAUCGAGCCAUAGCCGUGGUGGAAUCGAAAUUCUGGUCCUCGAUGUUGCGCCCGUUCCUCUCGAGACCGUUUUCGUGAGUCUGGAGAGUGAAUUGACGAAAAGACUCGAAAAUGGGGAGGGGACAUUCUACAGAGAUCAUCCCGCAAGCUUCAAGGAGAAAAGCGCCGGUUCGACGUCCGAUGACCGACUUGUGGCUUCUCUGAGGGCUGCCUUGAGCAGUCUCAAGGUUGUCCAUGCUGGUGAUUUGUUCCCGCUUCCUCUACCGCCACACCCGUUCACUCAUGUACCCCCCAAUCCUGGAAAGAUCAUGUUGUGUGAGCCCGUUGCUCAAGGUGUCUUGACGGAGUCGACCAAAAUCAUUCUUAUGCGCGGUCGCGUCCAUACCAAGCAGAUACGCCGUGUUGCUUCCAUGACGGCGAGCCAGCAGCUCAAUGGCGUGCCCGAAGACGAGGACGAUACAAGUACAGAUCAGUUCUAUUCUGCGGCCGAGGAUCGCGAUAAGUCGGGAAUGAUAGAAGACAUGGAAUCGGCCACCGAGACGGAGCCAGAUUUGUCGGACUUUGAGAACGAGGAUGAGCUGUCGGACGAUUCUAUGGACGACAUGAUUUCUUUGCAAGCGCCUACGCUACCAACAACCAAUGCCAGCGGUGUAUCGACAUUACAGCCUGGAACGCCAAUGACUGUAGGAACGCUUCGCGGGAGAAAGACGAAUGGAAUCACAACCCCUGGCUCUGUUUUCUCUAAUUACACUGCGACUACUGCUCGACCAGAUAGGCCCCGAGGCCGCCUAUUCAAGGCGCAAGGCUUAAUGGAGCAGAUCCCUGCAGACAUCUUACACCCAAAGCCAUCGAUAGAAGACGACGAGGAAGCGCGCAUCUACGUUGAUGUGACAUCCCUAAGUCGCAUUGGGUGCUUCUCUGGAGAUUGGGUCAGGAUCGAAGCUGCUGAAGAACCUCCUGCAAACGGAUUUGGUGCUUUUGGCCUGGGAAGCUUUGGACAAGCCGAGCCUGAACCCGCGAAAUGGCGACCUGUUCGAGUUUAUGGACUCCCUGAAGGCUAUUCGCAACGCCCUAUGACCAGGAUACCAAGUGCUAAGCAUGGCGAGCGAAGGCUGUCUUUUUUCGAAUCGCAAAUCCAACGACCUGCCAGUCCUACUGCCUAUGCAUCUCCCAUCCUCCUCGCCAACCUCGACGAUGCGCCUUAUCUCCGUCUCGCGCCUCUGAAGAAAUCAUCAUAUCAAGGGAAGGGGACAAUUCCUAGAUUCACUAGCGCAGCCAGACCUCCGUAUGCUCGAGACAUUACUAUCCAUCACAUUCGAACUCCCAUUUCUGCAGAGCGGGCUUUUCAAACCGCCGUUCUGGGUGGCCUAAAGCGUUACUUUGCGCAGAAAAUCCGCCUUGUUCGAAGCGGAGAUCUUAUUGCUGUCCCGGUCGACGCUGAGCUCGGCCGUACACUGCAGGAGAUGCCCGGCGCUGGAGGGUCGGAAGUGGACGACGUGAUGGCGCUUACUGUCGGCGGCCAGGAGACUGGAAAGCAGCCUUCCAAGUUUGACAGCGUUGCGUGGUUCAAAGUUGGGCACAUCCAGAUUCACAAGUCUGAUGAAGACGAGGACGGAAGUGCUGAGGCUUUCUGGGGAUCAGUUGCAUGCAUUGAUAGCUCGUCUGUUGCUAUGCAUGGCUCGGGCUUUGAAACAAGCCGGAUUCCUGGUAUCAAGCAGAGCACAUGGCAGUAUUACCUUGGCCUUAAAAAGACACCCAAGAAGCCAUCAGAAACAACUCCAGCCCCUAUUCAAGAGCCUGAGUUGCCCUAUGUAUCACCUCUCAGACGCCAGCUGAGGGAGCUGAUCGCAGCUGCUACAAGCGCGAGGGCGAUUCAUCUGAAGAUGCCUCCUGUUGCGGUGUUAUUGACCUCCACGCAUCGAAAUAUUGGAAAAUCCACUCUGGCAGCAGGCGCCUGCUCCGAUAUGGGUCUGCAUACAUAUACUAUAGACGCUUACGAUAUCCUCAGCGAAGGAAGUGGCAGUGGAAGUGAUGUCAAGACAGAGGGCUUCCUCAGGACAAGGGCAGAGCGCGCUAUGAGUUGCGGUUCUGACUGCUGUGCUCUGCUAGUCCAACACGUCGAGGCUCUCACUGCCGAUCGAAUUGAGUCGACAAUCAAGGAAAUCCUUGAAGACACUCGAGUUAUGAUUGCCACAACGAACGAGGUCGACAAGGUACCUGAUGGAGUCCGAGCACUGUUUACGCAUGAGUUGGAAAUGACAGCACCUGACGAAGCAGAGCGUGAAUCCAUUCUCAAAUCCAUUAUUAGCGACAGAGGUGUCAGUCUUGAGCCGUCUAUUGAUCUCAACUCGAUCGCCCUGAAGACUGCUGCGCUUGUAGCUGGCGACUUGGUAGAUGUGGUUGAGCGUGCGUCUAUCGCUCAGCAAUCAAGACUUGAACAACUAUCGGCGAAGAAUACGCACGAGAACACCAUAAUAACUGUACGAGAUGUGCAGGUUGCUGGUGGCCCUCUGGCCCGCUGUCUGACCAAGAGUGAUUUUGAGAUUGCUGUUGAAGCUGCUCGCAAGAACUUCUCCGACUCCAUUGGUGCACCCAAGAUCCCUAAUGUUACCUGGGACGACGUAGGUGGUCUCAACAACGUCAAGGAGGCUGUUACCGAAACGAUUCAACUGCCUCUUGAACGCCCUGAGCUCUUUGCAAAGGGCAUGAAGAAGCGAUCGGGCAUUCUCUUUUAUGGCCCUCCUGGAACUGGAAAGACAUUGUUGGCCAAGGCGAUUGCUACAGAAUACAGUCUCAACUUCUUCAGUGUCAAGGGGCCCGAGUUGCUCAACAUGUACAUUGGAGAGUCUGAAGCCAACGUUCGACGUGUGUUCCAGCGUGCUCGCGAUGCUAGGCCCUGUGUCGUCUUCUUUGAUGAGCUGGAUUCCGUGGCUCCUAAGCGUGGUAACCAAGGAGAUAGUGGUGGUGUUAUGGAUCGUAUCGUUUCUCAGCUUCUGGCAGAACUGGAUGGCAUGUCUGGAGGGGACGACGGUGGCGGCGGUGUCUUUGUUGUUGGCGCAACCAACAGACCAGAUCUUUUGGAUCCUGCCCUUCUGCGUCCUGGUCGCUUCGACAAAAUGCUUUACUUGGGUGUCUCUGACACCAACGAUAAGCAGCAAACCAUUCUAGAAGCACUUACCAGAAAAUUCACCCUCCAUCCGUCCGUUUCUCUCGCGUCUGUGGCAGAGAAACUCCCGUUCACCUACACUGGUGCCGAUUUCUAUGCUCUGUGCAGUGAUGCAAUGCUCAAGGCGGUUACACGCCAGGCCACAGCAGUAGACAACAAGAUCCGCGCCAUCAACGCCGACCCAGAAACCCAUCACCCUAUCUCAACAGCCUAUUACUUUGACCACUAUGCCACACCAGAGGAUAUCGCCGUCAUGGUCCAGGAACAAGACUUCCUUGCUGCUAAUGACGAGCUCAUUCCUAGUGUCAGUGCUGGCGAAUUGGCUCAUUAUGAGCAUGUCAGGGCUACUUUUGAGGGAGUUCGAGGGACAGAGAAGGACAGUAAGCCUGCCCCGGUUCAACGGGCUGUGUCAGGGGCAUCGGCAUCGUCCAAGGGCAAGGGUAAAGCAGUCGCAUCGGGACCCAGCAAGGGCAAAGGCAAGGCGAUUGCCUUGACCAGUGACGACGAAAUCGACGAAGAGGAUGAGGUAGAUGAUAUGAACGGACAGUCCAAGGGCAAGGGAAAGGCACCCAUGGGUUUCCAGGACGGAACAGCCAGCGAUGAUGAAGGGCUGUAUUAA